AUGGCGGUAAUUAUUGAUUCGUGUGCUACUGAACAUAUUGUUGGUCCGCCAACACACAUUUUAAUACCUGCACCCUCGUCUAUGCCAACAGGGCAAGACAGUUCCGACUAUGAAACUGCUAGUAGCACAAUUAGUACGACCAGCAUUGAGGGACGUGCUAAAGUAAUCAAGCAACGGACGUGCUGCGGAAUAACAUACGAACGUUUCAAGAAAGCGAUUAAAGUCAAGCGAAAGUUUAUUCCAGCAAAGAUUAGCUACUUUUUCUUCUACUCGGCGAGAUCGGUGCUGGCAACCUACUUUAUCGUGUUCCUAAUAAAAGCCGGAUUAGAUCCAGAGCAAGCAGGGAUAAUUCAAGGGAUUCGUAUGGCAGUGUUAACCUUGGGAGGUUUGUUUUGGGGUAUGCUGGCUGAUCUAUCGAAGAAAAAUACGCUGAUCAUGGCAAUAGAACUUAUUUGCUUUAGUGUAUUUAUGUUUGCGAAACCAUGGGUUGCAUAUUGGAUUACGAGCAAAGAAGAAACAAAUUCCGAACAUCGAAUGCACGUUGCUGAAGCCGUGGGCGAAAUCCUAAAAACAGCCAGCAAUAAGACAGAAGAGCUUCGAAAGAUCAUGGUCAACAACAGCAACGCAGAAAUAUCAGCAGAGUUUGGAUUGGACUGGAAGGCACAUCAUUACAACACUGGAACCACUCCCCUAUUUGUGUCAAUGCUUGGAUUAGGAGUAGCAUCAGCAUUUUUUGCUGGUGGAUGUCAAAUAUUAUUGGACAGUAAAAUCAUGCAGAUGGCGAUUUCAAAACAAAAGGAAAAGAAUACAUACGGAAGGCAAAGAUUAUGGGGAUCAGUUGCAUACUCAAUAACGCCGGUCAUAUUAGGGUUGUUUCUGGAAUCGCUACCACAAAAGGAAACAUCUUUGCUCCCACUUUUUUAUAUCCAUCUUGUGUUAAUCACACUCACAUUGCUAAGCUGCAUAGUUCUGUUCCAACAGAAAACAGACAUAGAGCUAACAGACAUGGACGUACAAUCUACAAUAACGAAUACAGCAGAACAAAGCUACAAUUCCAAUGAGAAGAUAAGUUCAUUCUUGUUGAAGACAAUGAAAAACCCCCACAUGUUAAUAUUUCUGUUUAACGUCUUCUGGAUGGGUAUGGGCAAUGGCUUUCAGUGGUCGUUUCAGUUUAUAUACAUACAAGAAAUGAACGCGACAAAAACUGUUAUGGGGGUAUGUGUGUUUUUACAGUGCGUAACAGAGGCUGUGAUAUUUCCAAUCGCAGGAAAAAUAAACAAAAAAAUCGGAGGAAACAAAGCAGCAAUAACUAUUGGCUUGCUUGGAUACGGUGUUACAUUUACAAUAUAUUACGUCAUAAAGUUACCCUCAUUAAUGGUGGCAGUGACAAGCAUUAUUGGCGUCACAUACACUUUAUUCUACACAGCAGCGCUAGACGAACUUUACAAAGCAAGUAAUCCGAACUGCAUCACAACCAUGCAAGCACUGUACAAUAGUAUUUUUUGCGGCUUUGGCAGUGGUCUCAGUGGUAUAAUUGGAGGGUUUAUUUACAAGAACUACGGAGGAAAAAUAAUGUACCUCUCCUCUGGUUUAUGCUUUCUCUUCAUGGGCGUGGUGAAUAUCGUAUACUCUUUUUUCUAUAAAACAUCACCACUAUCUGGAACUGGCAAUAGAUCAAAUGAGUUAAAAAGUUACAAGCAGUUUUUGGACAUUUACAUUCCUAGCGAGGAAAUUCCAACAGCAGAGAUGAGCAAUGUUCCAGUUCCCAUUUCAGUAGGGAGUGAUGAUGCAAUCUCCAUGGUGAUGGAUGACAACAAACGCCUUUAA